AUGAUGCCCCUUGCCGUGCUGCAUAAAACUUCGCAUGACGCCGUGCAGAUCCUUGUGGCGAGCGCCAAGUCGUUCGAGGAGUUCGUGGACGAACAGCUGCAGGAGGACGGCUCGGGACAAGUCUUGAGGAGGGAGGGAGGCACGGGACUCCUCGUUCCGCGCGGCAAGCAGCUGUCUCAGGCCUUCAUCGUCGCGCCGGGCUGCUGCCUGUGCUGGGAGUUCAGGGUAAAGGACUACGACCUCGGCUUCGCGCUCCGGCGUCGCUUUCAAGGCAUGGGUGGAUCGACAGAGGAAGACAUUUUCGAGCUCAAACGGUACUCGUCUGCAGAGACUUUCCAAGGACGGUGGACUGCCAACAGUGACAGUGACGCUCCUGCCGUGGUCAUCAUGGUGUGGGACAACUCCUACAGCUGCCUCAGACCGAAGACGCUCGCUUACAAGGCUCAGGUAAAUCGACCAGGGAUUGACCCGGCGGCGCCCCCCCCGCCGCCUCCCCCGACCCCGGCCGCCACGUCUGCCGCGCAACCUCCCGUGGCGUUCGGCGGCAGCGUCGGCAGCGUGGGGGGAGCGGAGGACACAGAAGCCUUCGCGAUCGACGAGUCUGAGGGCGAAGAGACUUCCGCCUACUCCGCGGGCGUUGGCACUGACCGCGCUCGUGUUGCUGUUGGCAGUGGCGGUGGUGGUGGCGAGGAAGAGGGGGGGGGGGAGGGAGACAAGGGCGGAGUUGAUGCGUCGGCAACGACAACUUCUAGGCGGCAGGGUGCCGACCCGACGAUUCGCGGGAAGGGGGGGGGGGAGGGAGAGGGAUGGAGAGAGAUGGAGGGAGAGGGGGUCCCGAAAACGGUCAACAUCGAAGACUUCUUGGCGAUGCCCGAGACUGGAAGCGGCGAUGGUGGGGGUGGCGAUCGUGAUGGUGCUGCUGCUGAUGAUGAUAGUGCGUCAAAGUGA